AAUUUUUUGUCAAAUUCUGAAACAGCUAAAAACCUCAGAAGUUGUGAUCGAUUAUUUUGGUGCAAGGAUGGCUAAACUUGGAUACGCUGCUUUUGUUAUUGCAUUUAUCGUUGUUAUCCAGUUUGCGACUGCAGAUGACGACACUCCCCCCUACAAUCCCAUUUUUGAUCCGUGCGAAACAGUUGGUGUGUGUGGGAGGGGAAGCUGUGUGCAUGUAACCAGUAACACUCUUGGUUUUGUAUGUGAAUGUGAGACUGGUUGGCGACAGGCUCGCCUUCAAGAAGAUGCUUUUCUCAGCUUCCUGCCUUGUGUCUUCCCUAAUUGUACACUUAACUAUACGUGCUCAGACAAUGAUCCACCUCGUCCCGGCGACUAUGAUUAUCAGGGCCGAACUAACAUUUCAAACACAGACCCUUGCUACACGGCCAACUGUGGUGGUGGAAGAUGCAACAUUACAUCUCCGUUCACGCGUACCUGUUUGUGCGAAGAUGGGUUUCGCAAUUUGCUGAAUUCCACUACAUUCCCAUGCUACAGAGAAUGUGCAUUUGGAGAUGGAUGCUCAGGUCUUGGAUUCAGCACAAAUACUUCCGUUAUAAAUCCUUUCGCUCCUCUUUCGAACAACAACGCAGCAGCGAGCUUGAUCGAGAGAGCUGCAUUGGCUUGCAUGUUUACAGUGGCGAUGAUGUUAAUUCGUGCUGCGUAAAACUACAUGAUCAACUUUGCUAACUUUUAGUCAAAUUUUAAUUAAUGUUUGGUCGCAUUAAGAUUCAUUCUCACUAACUAUAACUUUGCAGUUUACUUUGUUAAUGUUAAUGUUCAUGUUCAUGUUAAGCUCCAUCGUUGUGAACGAUCGAAUAUUAGUUAAUGUUCACUCUUGUUUUUCA